GCCACCCAUUUCCAUCAAAUUUGUGCUUUGUUUGACGAACAUGGGUCGGAGAAAGGUUAGGUUGGAGCUGAUCACCAACGAUUCGGUCCGGAAAACGACCUUCCGGAAGAGGAAGGGCGGGCUGCUGAAGAAGGCGAGCGAGCUCAAGACGCUGUGCGGGGUCGACGCGUGCGCGCUCAUCUACACCGCGAGCGACGCGGAGCCCCACGUGUGGCCGUCCCCGGACGAGGCUCACCAGGUGCUCGAGAGGUUCCAGAGCUUGCCCUCGAAGAAGCAAGGGAAGCACAUGCUGAACCACGAGGACUACCGCCCCAAGGACGUGUCGAUGCUGGAGCUCAAACUGGAAAACGGGGUGAAGAGGAACCGCGAUCUCGAGAUCGAGCUGCUGCUGAUGGAUCAUCUCUCGGGUAAGAACGUGGUCGAAUCGAUGAAGGAUGAUGACAUGAAAAUGCUGUACGAGUCUGUGGAUGACAAGAUCAAGAACCUAACCCUUCAGAUGGACAACCUCAAGGCGUCUGCUAAGGUUGAGGAAGACGCGCACAGCGUUGUUCCGGCAAGUUGAAUCUCUUCCUUCGAGGAGGAUUUAUAGUGCAAAAUUCGAUGUGACCUUGAUGAGUUCUCAUCUUUUCUCUUCAUCUGAUUAGUCAAUAAGCCAAAACUUUCUGGGAUUGAAUAAUGUGCACAAACAUUUGCAGGGAUGCCCUUAUUUGCUUCCUUUUAUGCCCUUAUUUGUCUUCC